GUUCUGGAGCAAAAGUUACUAGAAGCCCAGACUUUUCAGAAUGAGGUUAUCCGCCAAAUCAAGGAGCUAAAACAAAUUUUAAACCUGGCUGAGGGAGAACUAACUGAAGGAGAUACUUUCGAAGAUUGGAUUCAACAAGGGUUCAACAACAUCUCCUUGAGAAUCUCCACCAUUCUACAUUUAUACCAAGAAAAGGAGGAAUUAGAGGACAGCUCUGAUUUUGAAGAAGAGGACAAUGAUAAAUUUGUUCAAGUUCGUAGAGAGUUGCUGAACAAGAUGGUUUAUGAGCCUUGUAAACCUGCAGAACCAUACAUGGAAUAUGGACUUGGUAUAAUACAAGAGGAAGAAGAAGAAGAAGAAGAAGAAGAAGAAGUGAAAGUAGAAGUGGACAAGGAAGAUAAAAUAAAAAAUGAUAUCAAAGAUAAUGAAGAAGGUCACAAGUUUAAAUCUGUAGAUGUAGAAAAUUUUAAAAAUAAAGAUGAAGUAACAAAAGAUACGGAAACAGGAGCUGAGAAAAAAUCAGAGGAAACUCUAGAACACAAAGAUGAGGAGCUUGAUGGAGAACACAAAGAUGAGGAGCUUGAUGAAGAACACAAAGAUGAGGAGCUUGAUGAAGAACACAAAAAUGAGGAGCUUGAUGAAGAACACAAAGAUGAGGAGCUUGAUGAAGAACACAAAGUCACAAAUAAAUCUGAAAAAGUCUAUUUAAAAGAUAAAUCAACUUCUGAAGACAGUAUGAGUGGUGAAACAAAACCAACUAUUGGAAAUAUUCGACGGAAAAGUGGAAUUAAGUCAAUGUUUCGUUCAAUUGCAUUUGACAUGAGUGAAGAUACAGAAGAGAGUUUUGAGAUUCCCGAAGAUGACCAGUACAGAAUCAAAACCGAGGAGGAAGAAAUUCAAGAAGUUGAACAAUCACCAACACGCAAUUCACUUUCCAAGGAAUUUUUAGAUAGGAAGAGCAAAAUGAAGGUCUACUUUCCCUCAACACAGAUCUCAACAGACUCAAGCUCAGAUAAUGUUUGUGAAGCUGGGAAAGAAGAAAUGUCCAGUUUUGAAAGUGUUACUAGAUUCAACUGUGAGGAGGAGGAGGAAGAGAUUCCUCAGGACAUCGGUUGUAAAGCUCUUGACAACAGGUUAGAUACCUCUGGUAAACCUGAAGGAAUAGCUGAGACUGAAGUGCAGCGCAGGAACAGUAUGUUUGAGGACUUGUCUAGUCUGAGGGAAGAUAGACCAGUUACCACCAGAUUAGAACAAAGAAGAAGUAGUCUGUUAGCUGAACCCCUUGACCUUGAUACCUCAAAGAAGCGGUGGUCCCUCUCUAUUCGGCAUGAUAUGAUGGAAACUCUAAGAUCUCAGAUGGACCUGGAUUCAAACAGUGUUUUUCCAACACUGUCCAGUGACUUUCUCGAAAGUCUUGACUUGUUGAAAGAGGGCCCGGGUGUCUCAAAACUAUCUGAUCAAGAACUCGAAAACAAAUUUGCCUUGCUGAAUAUUGCCAUAUCAAAGGAUAGAUAUUCUCUCGGUAAACGGUUAAAUAAACAUGAAACUCUGAGAAAAGAACAAGAAAGCUUAUCAGAGAACUUGCUUCAUGAAAUUAAGAUGAACCUGUCAGGACUACUCGUAGAAGGAGGAAAUUCUGAUUUUAUUGAAACUAUUGGAAAUCUACAAAAGGAAGUUCAGGUUCUUCAGCACUCGAUUUCAAGGCUGGCCAGUACAGCAGAGGCUGUAGGAGCAGUUAAAGUAGAGGACAGUGUAGCAUAUGCAGUAGAGGUGUAUAUUCGACAUAUUGAAAAGCUACGUGCCUUGAAAGAACGCGACGAAAGAGAACUCUAUGAAUAUAGGAGAAUUCUAAAUAUGAAAGGUAAAUCUGAAGACGACAUUCUUCUUCAUCAUUAA